AUGGCCCAGAACCACGAGGACACGGCCGCCGAGCUCCACGAGACGCUGGGCGAGCGUCUGCCGCACAAGGAGACGACUGAUCUUGCGGGAGGUUACAUCAUGCCUGCCAACGCUGAGAAGCAGUCCGUGUCUCCUGGCAAUGCAGACUCGGAGUCGGGUCCGACGCCGGACGGCGCUGAGCCCAACGACUAUGAGAAGGGCUCCCUCCGUCGCAUCGGAGAGAACCUGCCCGCCUCGGCCUUCCUCAUUGCCGUCGUCGAGCUCACCGAGCGUUUCACCUACUACGGCGCCCAGGGCCUGUUCCAGAACUACAUCAACAAUGACCCCAACGGAGCUGAUGGCCCCAAGGGUCUCGGAAUGGGACACCAAGCAGCAACCGGUCUGAACCUGUUCUUCCAGUGGUUCUGUUAUGUCACGCCGAUUCUGGGUGCCAUUAUUGCUGAUCAGUACCUGGGGAAGUACAAGACCAUCUUGGUCUUCUGCGCCUUCUACUGGGUCGGUUUGGUCAUUCUCUGGACCACGUCCCUGCCGGUGGCCAUGGAGAACGGCGCUGGCAAGGCUGGUUACAUCGUCGCCAUCAUCGUGAUCGGUCUCGGCACCGGAGGCAUCAAGUCCAACAUUGCGCCUCUGAUCGCCGACCAGUACCAACGCCGAGUCAUGGCUGUCAAGACCGAGUCCAGCGGCGAGCGCGUCAUCAUCGACCCGGCCAUCACGUACCAGCGCAUCUACAUGAUCUUUUACUGGUGCAUCAACCUUGGGUCUCUGUCCCUGAUGGCCACGCCCUUCAUGGAGAAGUACAAGGGCUUCUGGACCGCGUACCUCAUGUGCUUCUGCGUCUUCAACAUCGGCAUCGCAACGCUCGUGCUCCGCCGCAAGACUUUUGUCAACCGCCCGCCUCAAGGGUCCGUCAUCACCGAUGCCUUCAAGGCGCUCGGCAUGAUGAUUGCCUCUCGGAACAUGGACGCCGCCAAGCCCUCGUGGCGCGCGGCCAACGGCAAGGAGAAGCCCGUCCCUUGGAACGACCACUUCGUCGACGAGCUCAAGCGUGCUCUCAGGGCCUGCAAAGUCUUUGUGUUCUACCCCAUCUUCUGGGUUUGCUACGGUCAGUUCUCGACCAACUUUGUCACCCAGGCCGGGCAGAUGGAGGGACACGGCAUGCCCAACGACUUCAUGCAGAACUUCGACCCCAUCUCAAUCCUGGUCUUCACGCCCAUCCUCGAAAAGGUCGUCUACCCGCUCCUGCGCAAGUUCGGCAUCGAGCUCCGGCCCAUCAUGCGCAUCACCAUCGGCUUCUGGCUCGGCGCCAUCUGCCUCGCCUAUGCCGCCAUCGUCCAGCACCUCAUCUACAACGCCGGCCCUUGCUACGAGUCCCCCGGCAACUGCCCCGAGGGCAUGAGCGGGGGCGCCUCGCUCCCCAACCGAGUUCACAUCGCCGUCCAGACGCCAGCGUACGUCUUCAUUGGCCUGUCCGAGAUCUUCAUCUCCGUCACUGGUCUCGAGUACGCGUACACCAAGGCCCCUCCCAACAUGAAGUCGUUCGUCCAGAGCAUCUACCUCUUCACCAACGCCUUCGGCUCCGCCAUCUCUGAGGCUCUGGUCUCGGUCGCCGUUGACCCCAAGUUCCUGUGGAUGUACACCGGCGUGUCUUGCUCAGCAUUCGUGGUCGGCUUCAUCUUCUACUUCCUCUUCCGUCACUACGACGACGAGGAGGACCAGAUGUAUGAGCUGGACCGUGAUCAGCCUGUUCUCAACAACGAGGGCGUUAAGCAGGUUGAUAACGACGACUAA